GGCCAACUGGCCCGAACGACAAUUGGUAAGGGAUUUCAAUCGAAGGAAAUUCUUCCGGAACCAAAAGAAAAUAUCGAAAUAAUUGGAUCACAACCUGUCGCUCCAAUCACCAAAUGGGAAGUGACCGGCUUAAAACUUCGUAGCAUUCACACCCGCACCUGUAUCAUCAAACCAGAUCCUUACAAUCUGUAGAUGUAAAGUAGAUCUCAGUCAUCGAAAUCCUCAAUGAAUUUCAAGGCCCCGAUAGUCAUUGGAAAUGUGGCUGGUGCUAUGGAAGAUUGCCCGCAUGCAAUGCUGCGUCAGGUUUCGGACGCACAGGUUGACGCGAUAGUCGGCGACUGGCUUUCCGAACUGAACAUUGCAUGGAACGCCAUUCGAAAGUAUGACGACCCUUUACAAGGAUAUGAGGUGGGCUUUCUACAGCAGCUAGAUGAAAGUAUCGAGAUCAUCGCCGAGAAGAAGAUCAAGUUGGUGGCUAAUGCUGGAGCACUAAAUACGCAGGAGUGCACCAGAAGAGUUAAAGAAAUAUGCAAGGAACAUGGUCAACACCAUUUGAAAGUAGCAUACGUUGAAGGCGAUGAUAUAUCUCAUAUCGUCGUCGAUAACGCUAAACAAAAUGAAGUCGGUGGUAUAGUACAUCUUGACUUCCCAGAUCGCAAUAUCGAAAGCUGGGGAAGACAACCGCUUUGUGGAGUAGCCUACUUCGGUGCCUGGGGCAUUGUCAGAGCGCUUCAAGAGGGAGCAGAUAUCGUUAUUUGCGGCCGUGUCACAGAUGCUAGCCCGGUGAUUGCACUGGCCGCAUGGUGGCAUAAUUGGCCGCAUGAUGCGUGGGAUGAGCUUGCUGGCGCGUUACUUGCAGGACACCUUAUUGAAUGCGGCCCUUAUGUUACAGGGGCCAAUUUCUCGGGUGUUCGUUCAUACCUUGACGGCUUAGUGGACCUCGCAUUUCCCAUUGCAGAGAUCUCCCACGACGGAGCAGCAAUAAUCACAAAAGUUACGACACAUGCAGGGUUCAUCGACGAGAUGAACGUGCGCGCCCAGUUCCUCUACGAGAUCCAAGGCACUCAGUAUAUCAACCCUGACGUAUCAGCUGACCUCAAAGAUGUGAAGAUAGUCAACACGAGUCAAAAAGACAGAGUAUCAGUUUCAGGCGCUCGAGGAAACCCACCACCACCCAAUACCAAGGCUAUCAUCGUAGCGAUUGGCGGCUAUCAGGCGGAAGCCACUUUCUAUAUGAAUGGUCUUGAUCUAGACGCGAAAGAGCGCUUCAUGAGGCAACAGAUUGAGCAUGCGUUCCAAAGUGCGAACUUCAAAGAGCUCAGUAUUGAGCGAUAUGGAGCCGCUUCUCCGAAUCCCAGCUCUCAAGCUCUGGGCACUGUAUUCAUCAGGGUUUUAGUCAAAGGAAACAAGAAAGAAGACAUUCGAGAGGAUGUAUUUCGUAAGAAGAUAUAUGCUCUAAGAAUGCAGUUUUAUGCAGGUUACCAUAUGUCACUCGACUUUCGCACGAUGUCGCCUAGAAUGUUCAUGGAAUUAUUUCCAGGACUUAUACAGUACACCAAGCUGUCUCAUCGCGUUGUGAUUGAAGAUCGGAUCAUCGACAUUAAGCACCACAGGAACACAGCUCCACCGCCCGGACAGCGGCCCAGCUACGAAACAGAAAGCCCAACUGAUCUCGGGGAAUUUGGUUUCACCAAUCGUGUACCGCUAGGGGCGGUGGCUCAUGCUCGUUCCGGCGAUAAAGGGGAUAAUUGCAACGUCGGGUUCUACGUGCGAUCUGCGGAGGAAUUCCAAUGGUUACAGUCAUACUUGACUAUCGCACGAAUUAAGUCCCUGCUUGGAGAAGAUUACAAGGAGUCAAUAUCAGUGGAGCGAUGCGAAUUCCCUAAAAUUUGGGCUGUUCACUUUCGGUUCCUGGACUUCCUCGGUGGCGGUGGGUCUAGCAGUACCAGGAUCGACAUGCUGGGCAAAGGCGUAGCGGAAUAUCUGCGAAGCAAAUUUGUUGAUGUUCCUGCAAAAUUUCUUACUAACCCAAUAUCUCUUGGGUAGAUAUAUUCAAUUCACGAAGGUC